CAAAGACUCAAAGCAGGCACUCCGUGGGCUUAACGGGGACGUAAUCUACAGACUUCAAAAAUGAUCAUCAAAAAUCCCAUCCUAAUAACUGUUUUCGUUUUUUCCUUUAUUUUUGGGAUCGAUAACAGAGAUGCUUUCCAGGGGUUUACAUCAAAGCUUUCCAAGUAUUCCAUUGUAAAUCCUCAAGUGAUUCAUAGAGGGUCUAGGAGCAUCAACAGACAACGUCAUUUAAAAGAUAAAUAUGGAGAUGAGACAGUGUCAUAUGCAGUCAACAUAAACAACCAAAAGCAUGUCAUUCAUCUGAAAAAGAACAGAGACUUCUUACACCCAAAUUUUGUUCAAUAUUCACGUGACGCUGCCGGGAACUACAACACAUCGUAUCCAAAACAACAUGUACAUUGUUAUUACCAUGGGGAGGUGGAAGGCUAUGAGGAUUCAAUGGUAGCGCUGAGCACGUGCUCUGGUCUCAGGGGUGUGAUCUUCUUUGAAAAUAAGGCCUUUGGCCUGGAGCCUGUGCCACAGUCCACCACCAAUGACCACCUUCUCUACCUUUUGGAGGACGUUCAGACCGAGCCCAUCACCUGUGGAGUCAUUACUGAGGCUACUUCAGCGCCGAGCCACGAACCCUUCAAGCCUGGCCAAUCCUUAACUUCUCUGCUGCGGAGAAAACGCAAUUUACCACAGACCAGUUAUGUGGAGUUGGUGCUGGUUGUGGAUAAUCUCAGGUAUACUUUUGAGAAAAACAAUGCGACAGCGGUGAGAGAGGAGAUGGUGCAAAUGGCUAAUCUACUGGACGGGUACUACAAGCAGCUGAACAUCCGAGUUGUCCUGGUGGGCCUGGAGAUUUUUAAGGAUAGUAAUCCUUUUAGUGUGGAAGGCAGUGGAGGAGAUGUGUUGGGAAAUUUUGUUCAGUGGAGGAAGACUUUUCUGAUACCCAAAAUCAGGCAUGACAUUGGACAACUCAUUGUUGGUCGGUCUGGGACUUAUCCAGGAGGUGUAUUAGGUAUGGCCUUUGUGGGCACAGUCUGCUCUGCCUCAAGUUCUGGAGGAAUCAAUGUGUUCAGCGACAAGAAUUUGGCUUUUGUCUCCACUGUGGUGGCUCACGAGAUGGGUCAUAACCUGGGCAUGAAUCAUGACACUGCGAACUGCGCCUGUAAUGGAACAAGCUGCAUCAUGUCAGGAGGUGCCAGUGGUGCCACACAUUUUAGCCAAUGCAGUGAAGCAGAUUUUGAAGCACUGAUUUUAAGAGGAGGAGGCCUGUGUCUGAGAAAUCAGCCCUCUGCAUCAAAUGUGAUUAGCAAUCCUGAGUGUGGCAAUGGCCUACUGGAACAAGGGGAGCAGUGUGAUUGUGGCAAACCACAGGAAUGUACGAACAAGUGCUGCAAUGCUGCCACAUGCACAUUUACCCGCGGGUCUGCAUGUGCUCACGGAGCAUGUUGUGAAAACUGUCAGCUGAAAGUUGCAGGAACGCCAUGCAGAGAUUCUGUCAAUACCUGUGAUCUUCCUGAAUAUUGUAAUGGAAGAAAUGAAUCCUGUCCGAAUGACUUUUAUCUCAUGGAUGGUCUGCCCUGUCAAAAUAAUGCUGCGUACUGCUAUGAAGGACGCUGUCAGACAUAUGAUUAUCAGUGCAGACAUCUGUUUGCACCAGAUAAUGCAAUAAAAGCAGCAGAUAUUUGUUUCCAAGAUGCAAAUCUUCAGGGAGAUCGGUUUGGUAACUGUGGAAUCAACACCAAUGGAAUCUACAUCAAAUGUACUUCAGCAAAUGCCAUGUGUGGAAAGGUGCAGUGCACCAACGUGGAUGUGAAUAAACCUCCUCUCGGUGCCUCAGUCAGUAUCAAAAUAGUUGCUGGGCAGACUUGUGUUAAUGCAGACUUCAACCUUGGCACAGAUGUGCUGGACCCAGCCUAUGUUAACCCUGGCAGCCCCUGUGCUACAGGAAAGACCUGUGUGAACUUUCAGUGUGUGAAUGCCUCUGCUCUCCUGCCCAACUUGACCUGUGAUGCAAAAACUACCUGUAAUGGCCGAGGGGUUUGUAACAACCUAGGUCACUGCCACUGUGAAAAUGGCUGGGGCCCACCCUACUGUGACAGGUCAGGGUGGGGUGGCAGCAUAGACAGCGGUCCUGCUCAAAUAGACUACUCCCUCAGAAAUGGCCUGCUGAUCUUCUUCCUCUUGGUGGUUCCUCUUCUGGUUCUUCUCAUUUUGGUGCUCCUUUACAUCUUUAGGAGAGAGUCCUUAGAGCCUUGCAUCAAAAGGUUACGUAAGACUCAAACCAAAAACAGAAAUGCAGGCUCAAACAGCAAUGCUCAAACGGGUGCCACAACCAUACCUCCACCGGAGCGUCCCACCAACCGGCCUGCAUUUCCAGCAGCUGCCUCAACUCCAGUUUCUGGUUUCAGGUACGGAGAAACGAACUACUGGGAUGAUGAAAACAGUCAUGACCCCCCUCAACAACCACCUCCUGUACAGGGCCCUGGAGUACCCAGACCAAUCCCACCGAAACAGCUACCAAGCUAAUUGUUUUCAUACAGUAUCAUUUAAAUUAUUUUCUGAAGUUUUGAAUUUACUACAGAUCAACACUGUAUGAAGAGACUAUUUUAAAACACUGUGAUAAUUAAAGGCACGCUGUUUGUAAGAUUGACUGUUAUUAUGUGGUGGUGGAUGAGGCUGGUAAAUGUUUACUGAAAUGACUGUUUUAUUAGGUCUUUGUUACUAUUUGGGGAUACAUGCAAAUAAAAUGUCAAAAAAAAAUUUAUAUUUUACAUCAUCAUGCUUUUUAAAAAAAAUAUGUAUUAUUGAUGUUUCUUGCAGUUAAAUGCAAUUGUUUUAAUGUGUGCAAUGUAAUAAUGAAGGGUAUCAAAAAUGGACUUUGAUUGUUUCAUUGUAACUGAGUUGUUCAAAGUAUCAUGCAAAUGGGUCUUCAGCGCAAUGUCAUUGCUUUAAUACUUGCCCUUCUGUUGUCAAAGUUUGCACAUUUAUACAUGUUUCUAAGUACAGAAUAAAUAACUUUAGCGAAGGCUAA